GAGAGGCCGCUGGGCAACAUCUUCAACCUCUAUGUGCUAUUAUCCAUGCUGCUCCAGUUUGCCCUCCACAUUAUAUCGCUCAUUUACAUUACGAUCCAAACUCUGACAAUCUCGUCUCUGCAGUAUCAUUAUCGGCUCCCCGAAUUUUUAAACCUACAAAACCUCGUGCACUGA